GUAGGUUCCACAUGAGUUAGUAACACACGGCUUGAUGAGGUGUCACCAGUUGAAACUGAAUCGCAGAAGUUGAGACCGGAGGGACUGACAGGCCGAGAGAGAAUGAUUGCCGCCGGAAUCGAAGACGAAGAUAAAUGGCUGGCGGAAGGCAUCGCAGGCAUUCAGCACAACGCAUUCUAUUUGCAUCAAGCUAUGGACGCGAAUAAUCUAAGAGAAGCUCUUAAGUUCUCAGCUCAGCUUUUGUCUGAGCUGCGAACUUCGAGGCUUUCGCCGCAUAAAUACUACGAGCUCUACAUGCGAGCAUUUGAUGAGUUGAGGAGGCUGGAGCUGUUCUUUAGGGACGAGGAUCGCCAUGGUUGUCCAGUUGUUGACCUGUAUGAACUUGUCCAACAUGCUGGCAACGUUUUACCUAGACUGUACCUCCUAUGUACUGUUGGUUCAGUUUACAUCAAAUCAAAGGAGGCUCCUGCAAAGGAUAUACUCAAAGACCUAGUUGAAAUGUGUCGUUCUGUUCAACAUCCUAUACGUGGACUUUUCUUGAGGAGCUAUCUUGCUCAAAUUAGCAGAGAUAAAUUACCAGAUAUUGGUUCUGAGUAUGAAGGAGAAGCUGAUACUGUCAUGGAUGCUGUAGAUUUUGUGUUGCAAAAUUUCACAGAAAUGAAUAAGCUAUGGGUUAGAAUGCAACACCAGGGACCUGCCAGGACUGAAGAGAAGCUGGAAAAGGAAAGGAGCGAGCUUCGUGAUCUCGUUGGGAAGAAUUUGCAUGUCCUUAGUCAGAUAGAGGGUGUUGACCUUGAAAUAUACAAAGAGACUGUGCUUCCUCGAGUACUUGAGCAGGUUGUCAACUGUAAAGAUGAGCUUGCACAAUAUUAUUUGAUGGACUGCAUAAUUCAGGUCUUUCCCGACGAGUACCAUUUGCAGACUCUUGAAAUACUAUUGGGUGCUUGCCCCCAGCUUCAACCUACUGUUGACAUCAAGACCGUUUUAUCACGCUUGAUGGAUAGAUUGUCAAACUAUGCUGCUUCAAGUCCAGAAAUCUUACCAGACUUCCUUCAAGUAGAAGCAUUUGCCAAGUUAAGCAGUGCCAUUUGGAAGGUAAUAGAAGCACAAGUUGACAUGCCUAUUGUUGGAGCUGUUUCGUUAUAUGUCUCCCUUCUGACUUUUACACUUCGUGUACAUCCUGAUCGGCUUGAUUAUGUGGAUCAAGUACUGGGAGCUUGUGUUAAGAAACUCUCUGGCAAUCCAAAGCUUGAAGAUAGUAAAGCAACAAAACAAAUUGUUGCUCUCCUCAGUGCUCCACUAGAGAAAUAUAGUGAUAUUGUCACAGCUCUAACACUCUCCAACUAUCCACGAGUUAUGGAUCACCUUGAUGCUGGAACAAAUAAAAUUAUGGCAAAAAUUAUAAUUGAAAACAUUAUGAAAAGGGAUACCUGUGUUUCUACUGCUGACAAGGUUGAGGUUUUGUUUGAAUUGAUAAAGGGGCUCAUCAAAGAUUUGGAUGAAAGUACUACAGAUGAGUUUGAUGAGGAAGAUUUCAAGGAGGAACAAAAUUCUGUUGCUAGACUAAUACACAUGCUGUAUAAUGAUGAUUCAGAAGAGAUGCUAAAGAUAAUAUACACAGUGAGAAAGCAUAUUUUGGCUGGAGGUCCAAUGCGCCUAGCCUUUACAGUUCCUCCAUUAGUUUGUUCUGCUCUGAAGUUGAUUAGAAGAUUGCAAGGUCAGGAUGGAGAUGUUGCUGGAGAAAAGAUUCCUGCCACACCCAAGAACAUUUUUCAGUUGUUGAGUCAGACUAUUGAGGUUCUCUCAGCAGUUCCAUCAUCAGAAAUGGCAUUGAGGUUGUACUUGCAAUGUGCAGAGGCUGCCAAUGACUGUGAUCUUGAACCCGUCUCUUAUGACUUUUUCACACAAGCAUUUGUACUAUAUGAGGAAGAAGUUGCGGAUUCUAAAGCACAAGUGACUGCUAUUCACUUGAUAAUUGGAACUCUUCAGAGGAUGAGUGUAUUUGGUGUUGAGAACAGGGAUACCUUAACUCAUAAAGCUACUGGGUAUUCAGCAAAACUUCUGAAGAAACCUGAUCAAUGCAGAGCAGUUUAUGCUUGUUCACAUCUCUUUUGGGUUGAUGACCAAGAUGGUAUCAAGGAUGGUGAAAGGGUUUUGCUGUGUUUAAAGCGUUCUUUGAGAAUUGCAAAUGCUGCUCAGCAGAUGGCAAAUGUUACAAGGGGUAGCAGUGGACCCGUCACACUAUUUGUUGAAAUACUUAACAAGUACCUCUAUUUUUUUGAGAAAGGAAAUCCUCAAAUAACCACUGCUGCAAUUCAAGGCCUUAUUGAGUUAAUUAAAACAGAGAUGCAGAGUGACAGCACAACAGCUGAUCCAGAUUCAGAUGCUUUCUUUGCCAGCACGUUGCGAUAUAUUCAAUUUCAAAAACAAAAAGGUGGGGCAAUGGGUGACAAAUAUGAUCCAAUCAAGGUAUGAUAGUUGGUACUACUGGUAUUUCCCAAAUGCAAUGGCCCACGGUUACCUCUUUGCAUAGGAGCAUUGUUUGAUGGAGUCAGUGUCAACAUCCAUGGAUGGCUUAGCGUACAAAAUUUGUGUAAAAAACAAUAAAUCUUUUGAGCAAAUUUCUUUUGCUUUUGUAAAAUCAAAAUCAUAUACUCCAAGGACAGAACAAAAUGAGAUUUUCUUUUCCUAGAAUUUCAUUUGCUUUUAGUAAAAAAUUGUGUGUAUUGUCCCAUAAGAAGAAUAUGAGAGCAUUUGUAUCCCGAAUUAUCAAGUUGUUAAAUUUAAACAAAUGAGCAAUGGGUAUUCAUGUUUAUUAAAUUUCA